AUGGGCAACGCGUGGGCUGCGAUAGCGGCAAAGGAGGAGGUUUCGCCACAAGAUGCGAAACAUCUGUGGUCCCGACUCCUUGGCAUUUAUCGGACCAACAAGGCCAAGGUCAAGAAGACGACGCAAACCGGUGCAGGCAAUGACGACGUGUUCCGGCCACGGUGGUUCGCCUACCAAGCGAUGUCUUUUGUAGACGAGGCCACCCAAGAUGCGGUGCAUGUAGACACGUUACAUGCGUAUGAUUAUCGCCACGUUCGUCCACUCGAUCCACCAGCAGCAACCAAACACAACAGGCAUGUGGCCACGUUUAUUCGGUGAGUGAGCUAGUAAGCCAGCCAGUUUAUCCAGCCGCUAAUAGAGCAGGCGAGUAAUGCUUAAAAAAUCCGUAGUUGUUGCACUCGCGUACUUAAAUGUAUAUUAUAAAUAACCAUGCUGGUAGUAAUGUACAGAAUAGUUGGUGUAGUUGUGUUUGCGAUUUCAUAAUUUAUUAUUAAUUUUAAUAUCCAUGGUAUUGGUUGGAUGGAUUUACGUAGAACGAUUAUGUUUUAAAUGGUUUGCAAUGUGGUUCCUUAUGUCAGCAAGAUUUUCUGAAGGUCGGGAAGCAAUGUUUUGGAGAUCGGUCAAGCCCCCUUCACUUCUCCAAUCUCCAUCGACUCGUCGCCCGCGAACAACCCUAUCAAAUGCAGACGGGGGUGUGCAUGUG